AGCCGGGAAUGAGCAUGUUCGAGGCGGAGCAGUGAACGUCCUCCCCGCAGAACCAGGAUCGUCUCGGAGGCACCAUGAACCCAGUCCUGCAUUGAGCCUCUCCUCGGUGGGUUGGCAUGGCCCAGUGAUGAACGGAGCGGUGGUGCCUGGUAGCCCGGAGCUCUCCUCCUCGUGCCCACUGCCUGACUGGCGAGAGUUCUGUGAGCUCCAUGCUCGAGCCUCUGCUGCAGAUUUCGCUGACAAGUUCCAGCGCUUUCUGUCAGAGAACCCGUGCUACGACUCGCCUGGCGCCGAUGCCAGCUUCUCACAGCACUUUGCCCACCACUUCCUGGAGUGCUUCUCUGCAGCGCUGACCCAAGCCCGGGAGAACCAGGCGUCCUCACCGGGGGAGGACGGCUCCAACGCGGCGCCCAAGUACAGCAUCGUUCCUUUCCUGGGAAUCCAGGGUUGCCCUCUGUCCUACGGCCACGACCUCUACCAGAGACGCAAGGACGCAGGGGCUUCAAGUGAAUCCCUGGACAGCAUGGACAGCGGAGGGGGAGGGAUAGAUGGGGGAGGCAGCGGCACCACGGCCUCCCGAGGCCCCCAGACAACCCACAAGGUGUCGGCUCUGGGACAGUCCCGCAGCUCCGAGGACGUGUCGGUCAGCCACCCGAAGGCUCGCUUCAAGAAGGGCUUCUCUCUGAGGAACAUGAGCCUGUGCGUGGUGGACGGGGUGAAGGAGAUGUGGCACAGACGGGCCUCCCCUGAACCCGACCCUCCCUCUGGGGCCAGGAAGGCCAACGGGGGAGGAGGAGGAGGUGGGGGAGGGGAGGUGGCAGGGGGAGAGAAGUGGUCCCAAAAGCUCCGACUUCCCAGGGGGUCCCAGGGCCACAAGGCCGAGCUGCUGGAGAUCCAGAGGGAGGGAGCGCUGAGGUACAUGGUGGCCGACGACACAAACUGUAUGGGGGCCGCGCAGUGGCAGAAGUGCCGCCUGCUGCUGAGGAAGACGAAGAGGGACGAAGGAGGGGAGAGGUUCCUGCUGGAGUUCUACGUACCGCCCAAGUCCUCAAAACCCAAAGUGAGCAUCCCUCUGUCAGCCAUCGUGGAGGUGAGGACCACCAUGCCUCUGGAGAUGCCUGACAAGGACAACACCUUUGUUCUGAAGGUGGAAAACGGGGGAGAAUACAUCCUGGAAACCAUUGACUCCCUACAGAAAAACUCGUGGGUUGCUGACAUCCAGGACUGCAUAGACCCCGGUGAUAGCGGCGAUGACAUCGAGCUGGCGUCAUGUCCUCAUGGCCAGGCCUCCAAAGACUGCUCCAUGGUGGCCUCUUGCAGCUGCGAGCUGCUGUCUGAGGGAGUGUAUCGUGCUCCAGAGAGGUCGUGUCCUACAGCAGCAGAGCAUUACAGCGCCCCCUCAGUCCGUUGCAGGGAACCUCCUUUUACCCAGCACCCGUCCCACAUGCCUUUAGAGCGCUUCCUCCAGUCCCCAGAGGCCCAGGGCUCCAACUCUUCUGCAGGUGGUGGUGAAGGAGCGAAAGAAUCAGAUGGAGAUGCCAGCUUGGUGGGCUACCCAUGGUUCCAUGGUACGCUGUCCCGUGUGCGGGCGGCUCAGCUGGUGCUUGCAGGCGGAGCCAGGAGUCACGGGCUCUUUGUGAUUCGUCAGAGUGAGACACGGCCAGGAGAGUACGUCCUCACCUUCAACUUCCAGGGCAAAGCCAAGCAUUUGCGCUUGUCAGUCAACGAGAACGGGCAGUGCCACGUCCACCACUUGUGGUUCCACACCGUAUCAGACAUGUUGAGACACUUCCACGCCCAUCCGAUCCCCCUCGAAUCUGGAGGCUCAGCUGACAUCACGCUACGCUCCUACGUACAAGUGCAGCGAAGCUCCACCACAGAUGUGGCCGCGCCUCCAGUCCUCACUCCACCCAGGGAUGCAGGCUGCCGGACGGAUUCGGCUCCGCCAGCUCUUCACCCUCCUGGAAUCGCGGUGCCUGCGGGGCCUCCUUCUGAUGCCCCACUUUCUUCAAGCACCUCCUCCUCACCCACCGCCCUUCCCUCCCUCUCCCGCAGUGACCCAGGUACCGGAGGAGGAGUAGGAGGAGGGUUACAGAGCCGGAGCAAUAGCUCUGAACGCCUGCUGGAGGCCUCUAGUGGAGCCUCUGAGGACUACCACGAUGCUGAUGGGACUCGCCGGGCCAGAGCUGUGGAGAACCAGUACUCUUUCUACUAAACCACACCAGGCAGGGUUCGGUCAUGUAUCUGCUGACUGGAUGAGAUGCAGAAAGUUGGAAGUGACAUGGGGCGCUCUGCUGAUGGUGAAAACGGUCCAGAUCACUGGAUCACCCAUCAUUUUGUUUGUUUGUUUUUGUUUCCUGUUUCUCAGAUUUGAGAACGGGGUUGAGAUGAUGCCGAGCAGUGAGUCCAUGCUGAUAAAAUCACUCAGCCUACGUGGCUUUGUUUCAAACUCAGUCGUCAAAGAUGUGCAUAAACAGCGACGCACAUGGCUACAAGUAGAAAGUGAGAGGAUAAGAUGUAGAAAAUGCAGCAUUGAACAUCAGUGUAGGAGGAGAAAGCGCGAGGAAGUGAUCCAGUGGAGUCAUAUGGCUUUGAUUCACCUCUUUUGACCACUUCCCAUUCACCCUUACCCACAGUUCCCUGGGAGCAGAGCCUGUGUCACCACCCUGCUGGAGGACUGAGAGGUUGGAAUGACCCUCAAGAAACAGUCCCUCCCUUCUGAGCUCCUCCGAGCUCCCGAGAGCAUCUCGUUAAUGUUUGUAAAGCUGCUUUGAGUCUGUCCCGGAUAUCCUCACUGUCCCUGCGGGUUUUUCCCUACAAAGUCCUGCUCUGGGUCUUUGGUCUACACUAACAUCAGUACAGCAAUCAUGGGUGUGUUAGUGUUAGCUCAGAGGUGUUUUUCUUAAACAUGUACAGCCUAAAGGGUCUUAGUGCCUGACGAUUACCUUGGACUUGAACGGACUGUUGUCCAUAGCAACAAGGAGGAUGACGCUGUCAUCACACAUCAUCACAACAGCCCAGAAAUUAAACAGGAGAUUAAUUUACUGUCAGUUUCUGCUUAAGACAUAUUGAACAUACAUAUCUCUGCACACUGAAGUGGUUCUCUUCUCAUAGUUUUGUUGAUGGCUGCAACACACACAAACACACACAGGUGGUCAUACGUUGUGUUACAAAUCAGUUUAAAACUGUUAAAAUGGAAGAAAAACCAAUCCAGGUUCAGCCUGUAUGAUCAGGACAGGGUGGCUCCCAUUUUGAUGUCCUACUGGGUUAUUUCUAUGAGUGUGUGGUGGUGUAUUAGAGUCCAAAUAUUUUUCAAUGAUCGGUGUGCUACAGUAGUGUUUCUAAAACAUGGUUUUCGGAGUCCCUCCGUCUGGUGAUGGUUCUGUAUUCAAACUCAUCAUAUGGAUAACCUGUAGAUUAGAUAUGCUGUUAAUAUAGAUCACUUUAAAGUAAUGCCUUGAAGAUAUUAUUAUACCAAAUCCAGCAUUUAUCGGAGGGACUUGGGACAUGUUUUGUUUUUGAAUGGUGGCAGUAUUGUGUACUGUUUGUGCAGCCUGCAGGUGAAUUGUGGGUGGAACGGUACAGUUAGUAAAACAAAGGGUACUAGGUGGCCAUGCUUGAAUGGAAAGAUGUGACAUUACUGCUUUACUUUAGGCUGACACAGUGCUGAGCUGUUGAGGCUAAUAUUUUAAAAGACAAUGUGAUUUUUACUCCACUUUUUUAAUGUAGGUAUUUAUGCCUAAAUAUCAGUUAGAAAAUCCUCAUAAAGCAAAAGUAUGAUAUUUUGGGAAAUGUGCUAAUUGGCUUCCCUCCUAAGUGUUAACACCUCGGUACAACUCUCAUGUCUGUAAUGUGUGAAGCAGCAGGCAGCUAGCUUAGCUUAGCACAAGGACUGGAAACAGGAUAACCGCAAGCCUGGUUUGUCCAAACAUAACAAAACCCGUCUUGCAGUACGUCUGAAGCUCAUUAAUGAGCGCUUGUCAUGUUUGUUUAAUGUGCCCAAAAUCCAAAGUGUCAGUUUUGUUUGACUAUUUCGUUUUGGUCGGAACCAGUUGCCAGGCAACAAGAGGAGACUCCCAACUCCAAAAAAUACGGUGAAACACCUGUUUACACUUUGGGUUUUUGUAUGGAGUAAAUAAAUCAAAAUCUAAUUAAGUUUAUGGAAAACAUAUUUGAGAGUUUUCUUAAAAAUGUCAAUGGAGGAGGAAGAUUUGAUUGAGAGAGGAAAGCUGUUCUAAAGCUUUGCUGCUACUGCAAAGAUCUUCUGUAUCCACCAGCCUCAAACAUGGAACUGUUAAAAUCAGUUGUUCUGAGGAGCUAAGAGGUAGAGGUACCCAGAUGCCAAUAUGCAUGGCUUUAUAAACAAGAAAAAUAACCUUAAAAGCAGUUCUGUCUCUAUAAAUGAUGUAGUGCAGAGAUGCAAGUACAGGACUCUGCAUUUUUUUUGGUACCAGUCAGGAGUCUUGCAGCAGACGAAACAGUGAAAACCAGUCGAUACUGAGCUACAGUGAGUUACAGUAAUCCAGCCUUGGGAGAUUAAUGCAGUGGUCACAGUCUUCAGAUGGAUUUCAAUUUGGCAGUGGUCCUCAGUUGAGAGUAGCACCCUUCAACCACAGAGUCUGUCAGAUUUCAGUGCUGAGUCAAAGAUGAGACCAGUCACUCAGCUGAAGACAGUUUAAACAAGACAGAAUUUGUUGACUAACUGUCCGUAGAGAGCCAUAGGGAUGCUGGUUUGCAUAUUUUGUUACCGGAAACAAAGCCAGAUUAUCCUUGUUUUUAGUGCUUUAAGCUAAAUUAUCUGGUUGCUAAUGAUACAUUCAUAUCCACAGUCAUCAAUUUUCUCAUCCUCUCUCCGCAGGGCAGCAGAAUAAACGCACUUUCCAGCAACUUUUGUUGGAAAAUAUGUCAGACACACCUGAAAACAUAAAAGCAGAAGCAUUUGAAAGUAUUGCAAACGGACAAGCAAGCAGCUGCAUGUAAUAUCUGAAGCACAUGCAACGCUUUUGUUCAGUUGGAUUCAACAUAUCAAGAGUCGCCGCCUGUCUUUUCGAGCAUGGCCAUUUAGCCUCAGAGGUGAUUUGAGUCGUGGAGCGGACGGAGCAGUUCAUGUGCCAAUUUGAAUCCUAUUUUUGAAACAUAUUUAUUCCUCAGCCUGUAAAUUACAUUUUUCCCAUCGAGUCUUAUUUAUGUACAACUGAUUGAUUCUUCUUGAUGAAACAUCCACAGUGGAAAUGGUUUUUUGCAAGAAACCCACGUCACAUAUCACAGAUUACUCAUGUCGCCCUUUUAUUUUCUUAACACACUUAAAGCUGAAUUUUCUGUUGUCUGACUGAGUUUUGAAGAGUCUGUGCAAUUUUGUACAAAGUGAUGUACUUGACAUACUACUUUAUAUUUCUGUGAAUAAAAUGUGAACAAACUA